AUGACUGACGGUUCUCGAUCGAGUCGCGGGGUGACCCAUGCGGAGGCCAGUGCGCGUGCUGAGUCCCUCGUGAACACCUCGACGUCACCAGCGUCCAGCAAUCCUACCUCCGCCACUGAGGUCCAGGUGAUGCGGUCUCCCCAACCACUCUCGCUGCAGGUCGACGGGCUGAAUGGUGCAAAGGUUGCGUCGCGCCACGACAGCCCCAACACAGCCUAUAUCGAAUCCUCGGAGCGCGGUAGCGACACGUCCGUCGAUGGUCGACCGCCUGAACUGCAAUCCGCAAGCACCUUGACAGACUCCCUGUCCAGCCUUCCAUUGUCUUCGGCAAAUGAUGCCAACCGAUCCAUGGAGUUUGGCGGCUCCCACGCCAACGAGAACCAAGCAAUACCUUCGAUAGACCAGAAGCCACAACACCCUGACGGGAUAGCGCAGAACCGCCCAGUUAAUAGAGAAGGGACGAUGGAUGGGUUGUAUACUUCAUCGGGCAUUGCAAAGUCUAGUAACGGCUCUUUUCCGUCUGUCAUGUCGCCAAAGCAUUCAGGCACGCGGUCGGGAAUGACUUUAGGUCAUAAGAGGACGGCGACUGGCGAUGUCAAGCCUGUUUCGUUGAACCCAGCGGCUUCAUCCAGUUCAGACGCAAAUGGAGCUGCGCGUCGUCGCUCGAAGAGCACUGGCUCGCCUGCCCAUGGAAGCAGGAUUGCACAGUUGUCGGUACAUAUUCGGACGCGUCUUUCCUACGCGGCUGCCAAGGUAGAGAAAUCCCGGCAGUCUCGCCAAGCUGAAUCCCAGCUUCCGUUGCGAACACAGAAUAGCGGGUCACCUAUGAGCAGCAUUAUGCCGGCGCCAAAUGCAAACCCAACAUCUCAUCCGCAAGAUCAUAGCAUCACGACCUCUGCCGUCACUACUCAUCAUUAUCCGAAGCAUCAUCGUUCGCACUCAACAUUAUCUUCCCCUAACCAUCUCUUUCCCAUCCCCAAACUUGCACCUCCUGCCGAUAUCAUAGCAUCCAACGGAGAUAGUCGGCGGCGUCGACCAAAUCACAACACGCACUCGAAUUCUAUUAACCAUAGCCCAUAUUCGCGCCACCGGCGGCAUCACUCCCACCAAGAACCCGCCAUGAACAGACCGUUGAGUGGCUCACCGACCUUUUCAGGACCAGGCACGCCAUUUAUUCCACCGCCGGCACAUGCUGCGCCUACAUCUUCACAAAACGGCUUCUAUCGACCACGAACCAAUUCCCAGAACACUUUAAUGGAGCAGGAUGCCAUUGAGACGUUACUUUUCAUGUCUAGCCCUGAGAAUUCGGGCUAUCGCCCCAGCCCUCGGCCUAUCCAAGGUGCAGCAACACAAGGUAGCUUGAACGCGUCAAUCCAUGCCAGCCAGAAUGGGACUAUGUUCGAUGGGAGCCAGGGUUCUCAAAGUGAUGGAACUCAUAAUUCGCAGAACUUGGGUUCGACAAACUCUAAGCCCGGGCUGGAGGCUCAUGCAGGGGAUGACAUCGAUCGCAUCCUCGACCAGAUGGAGAGCGAUAGCGAGGACGAGGGCCGGUUCUCAUCGUAUCGUCAUGGCACUAAUGGAAUGCAGUCCUUCUGA